UUCAUUUUCCCGACGGGCGACGAGGCGUUCGUUCGAUCGUUUGGUCACGUCAUCUUUUUAUCCGUGUAAUGUCUUAUUUCUGUGUCCCACAUGCUUAGGGGUAACCGAAUUAAGAAGAAAUCCAAGAAUCCCCGCACCAGAAGAAAAGUACGAGCGAUAGCGGACGUAAAUGUGAAUUAGAAAGUGUGUGAACUAAGUCGCGAGGUGUCUUGUCCGUCCGGUUCGAUCUGGUUUUUAGCAGUUCAAACCGCGAGUAGGGCUCCCUUUCCCUAGUUUACCUUUAUUUAGAAGUUAAUUGUGUGUUAUAUUUCUUUUAUUUUCGUUAUAAUUAGUGUUUUCUGUGGUGUAUUAGUUAAUUAAAACCUAACAAAAUGUCUGAGGAAUCGUCAGCAGAUCGGAAUGUCGAAAUAUGGAAGAUCAAGAAGCUCAUAAAAAGCUUGGAGAUGGCUAGAGGGAAUGGUACAUCAAUGAUAUCCCUCAUAAUUCCGCCAAAGGAUCAGAUCUCUCGGGUGUCGAAAAUGUUGGCGGACGAGUUCGGAACUGCGUCGAAUAUAAAGUCACGCGUGAACCGGCUAUCCGUGCUCGGCGCCAUCACAUCUGUGCAGCACCGGCUGAAGCUAUACACUAAAGUGCCUCCUAAUGGCCUGGUCAUCUACUGUGGCACGAUCGUCACCGAAGAAGGCAAAGAGAAGAAGGUGAACAUAGACUUUGAGCCGUUCAAACCCAUCAACACAUCACUCUAUCUGUGCGACAACAAAUUCCACACUGAAGCCCUGACAGCGCUCCUGGCUGAUGAUAACAAGUUUGGUUUCAUCGUGAUGGAUGGUAACGGAGCAUUGUUUGGUACGCUGCAAGGGAACACCAGAGAGGUACUGCACAAGUUCACAGUGGAUCUGCCGAAGAAGCACGGCCGCGGUGGUCAAUCAGCGCUGCGUUUCGCACGUCUCCGCAUGGAAAAGCGGCACAACUACGUCCGCAAGGUGGCGGAGGUGGCGACACAGCUGUUCAUCAGCGCAGACCGGCCGAACGUGGCGGGGCUUAUCCUGGCCGGUUCGGCAGACUUCAAGACCGAGCUGUCCCAGUCUGAUAUGUUUGAUCCGCGUCUGCAAGCUAAAAUCAUCAAGCUGGUGGACGUAUCGUACGGCGGCGAGAACGGAUUCAACCAGGCCAUCGAGCUGGCGGCAGAGUCGUUGCAGAACGUCAAGUUCAUACAGGAGAAGAAACUGAUUGGCCGGUACUUCGAUGAAAUUUCACAGGACACAGGCAAAUACUGCUUCGGUGUGGACGACACGUUGCGCGCGCUCGAGCUGGGCGCCGUCGAGACGCUGAUCUGCUGGGAGAACCUCGACAUACAGAGAUAUGUGCUGAAGUCGCACGCCACCAACCAGGAGACCAUUCUGCACCUCACGCCCGAGCAAGAGAAGGACAAGUCACACUUCACGGACAAAGAGAGCGGGGUAGAACUGGAGCUGGUGGAAUGCCAGCCGCUGCUGGAGUGGCUCGCGAACAACUACAAAUCAUUCGGAGCCACCCUCGAGAUCAUCACCGACAAGAGCCAGGAGGGCAGCCAGUUCGUGCGGGGCUUCGGUGGCAUAGGCGGUCUUCUCCGCUACAAGGUAGACUUCCAAUCCAUGCAGUUGGACGACGAAGAGAUCGACAACCUGUACGACGUAGACGACUAUUAAACGGUGCACGUUCGCCGAGGCGCGUCUCAUCGGGCCUAGUCUCGUGAGAUAUGUGCCUCGUGAGAACUGAGCCUCGUCGGGAAUGGCCUCGUUUUAUACCGUGUAAGACAGCUUUAAGAAACAUUGAAUAUUUAAGUCAUUUUUGAUAUCAAAUGUUUGUGUAACAAGGUUAACGUUAUGUGGUUUGCAGGGGUAUUGUUGUAAGAUUUCUAAAUAAUAUUAUAAAUGUGAGUUGAGUUUGUUUGUUUGGUGCCUCUUAACGCCUUUACGACUCGAGUAAUUUGUAAAAAAGAGAAGGAUAUAGACAAUUUUUUAUUCUGGCCAAUGAAUAUAGUGCAGUCACGCGGAGUUAUUUGUAUUAGGAGGAUUGUUUUUCUCACUUGUCUAUGGGUAUUAUAUGGGUGUUUUAGUGACCCAUAGUAAAAUUAUUGUAGAUUACUGAAGCAAUACAAUAAUAUAUUUUAUUACAAUUUUCAAAAAUACACUUGAAAAUAUUUUAAAUGCAUAAUUCUUAAUUUGGGAAUCUUAAACUGUUAAUACAGGUGGCAAGAUAUGGGUUUUGAUACCCAUAAACUAGAGUUGUCGAGGGGUAAAUUUAUAAUAGAAAUAAAAAAAACUGUAUAUAAAUCUCAUUACCUUUAAAUGCUCAAUUAUGUAAUGCAGUAAUAUUAUUAUGAAUUCUGAAUGUAAUUUGGUAUGAAUCUAAAAUAUGUACCCGUAUUAAUAAAAAAGCUUACAAAGCUGUCCAAUGUAAUAAUCGAUUAUUGAUCAAUCGAUAGUGUUGCCCGGAUUAAUCUGAGAAUCGAUUGGGCAUUCGAUUUUUUCUUUUUUUUUUUUCCUUUAAAGGCUAACUAAAAUUUAAAACUUGAAGUUUGUGAGAUUGCUAGAAUUUUGAUGAUUGCCAAAUGUGGCAGUGAUAAAAUUAAACAACUUUGACAAGCAAUAAUCCGUAAACUAUAAGGUAAUAAUAGGUAUUAAUAUUAUUCUCAACUAGCGGCCCGUCCCGGCGUCGCACGGGUGGACAUUUUUAACAUUACCCUUCACUGCUCUGCUCCUAUUGAUCGUAGCGUGAUAAAAGUGUACUAUAACCUGCCCAGGAGUAUGAACAAUAAUUGUACCAAGUUUCGUUAAAAUCCGUCGAGUAGUUUUUAUUUCUAUAACGAACAUACAGACAGACAGACAAAAAUUUUACUGAUUGCAUUUUUGUAAUCAGUAUCAAUCACUAAUCACCCGCUGAUAGUUAUUUUGGAAAUAUAUUUCAUGUACAGAAUUGACCUCUACAAAUUAUAAGUGUAGAUUACAUUCGAUUAUAACAUUUGUCUAUAAACGAUUAUAUGCAUAUCGAUUGCCCAAUCGAUUGUUCGUUAUUUUUAUUCGGGACCCGAAUCGGACUCGAUUAAUAAUCGAUCACCAACGAUAUCCUGCAACGCAAAGUUCAAAACAAACACGGUAUAAAACAACGCCAGAAUAUUGGCCGCAUUCAGAACUGUGUCGCAAUGUUGUGAACGAAUUUUGAAUAAGUGUUUUUAUUAAUUCGAAACGAGCCGAAUGCGUUUAUGAGUGAUCAAGUAACGUGUCACUACGAGGAUGAUCCAUUUGCCAGAAGUCAAUUCUGAAAUUAGAAUUCAAAAUGAGAUUGUGUAUUAUAUGUAUAUUUGUUGCAGUCAAAACUCUUAACCAGUCAAAAGUGGUUUUGACUGAAAAUUAUUGGUUACUAGCGGCCACUGCUCUGCUCCUAUUGAUCGUAGCGUGAUGAAAAGUAUACUAUAACCUGCCCAGGAGUAUGAACAAUAAUUGUACCAAGUUUCAUUAAAAUCUGUCGAGUAGUUUUUGUUUCUAUAACGAACAUACAGACAGACAGACAGACAAAAAUUUUACUGAUUGCAUUUUUGGCAUCAAUAUCGAUCACUAAUCACCCGCUGAUAGUUAUUUUGGAAAUAUAUUUCAUGUACAGAAUUGACCUCUCUACAGAUUUAUUAUAAGUAUAGAUAUAGAUCGCGAGGAGGUCGACCUGGUUGGGUAUAUUGCUAGCCAUGAGAUUCUCAGUCUCCAUCACUAACAAUCCCUUUCCCCCCGGUUAGGUUAGGUUAGGUACCUUUAACUGUUAGUCAAAAGUACUAUUGAUCAAAGCAUACGGUUAAAAAUACAUUUGACUGAUUUUGCUAGUCAAUAAGUACUUUUUUUUUAUUCAACUUAGAAUGGCAAACAAGCUGACGGCCCACCUGAUGGAAAGUGGUAACCGUCGCCUAUAGACAUGAGCAGUACCGUGGACAUAACAGAGUAUACUGUUUCGCCCAUGAUACCUCCCAUGCGUUACCAUUCUUGAGGACUCAGGUGUUAUGCCUCUGUACCCAGUAAAUUCACGCCAUAUCCCACCCUUCAAACCGAAACACAGCCAUGCAAACACAACUGCUUCACGGUUGAAACACGAAUGGGACAGAGGUACCCAAGCAAUCGACUUGGACAGUCUCCCUCUGGUUUUGACUGGUUAGAGUUUUGACUGCAACAUAUUAAAUUUGAAUAGUCCACAUAACUGUUAUAGAUUCAGAUUUUAAUGUGUUAUUAUAGAAUCUGUCUCAGAAUUCAGAAUUAUUAUUGUUGAGAAUGUGAUUAUUUGUGCGUAGUUUUAUCAUUUGUCACUCUGACAAAUCGGCUCCAUUGAAUUGUUACGUGACAGAUUUCUGCGUGCGGCCUUAGUAUGUUUUUUUUAACACAAAGCAAACAAUUAUUACGUAUUUAGUGUCGAGUUAAACCGCUGUAUUUAUAUAAUGAUAAAAAAAAGAUAUUUCACGGCCAUUUUUAUGGUUCCGUAGCGAAUGGCAAAGAAAUAAAUCUUUCGUGUAUUAAAAUGUGAUAUAUUUUACAAUAGAUUUAAUUUAAAGAAAUUUAUGUUAAAUUAAAUUAUUCAAGUGUCCUAUAAUAAGUAAAUGGAACUGAUUUUUUUUUUGUUUAUAAUAUUGUUGAAUAUUUUUUUUUAAAUUAAAUUACAAAAAUGUAUUUGUGUACCAUCAUCAGCAUAUUAGCCCUUAACUGUCCACUGCUGGACAUCGGCCUCCCCCAUGAAGAGAGGGUUGUAAUGUGCCAAUAGUUGCCACGUAUGUAUGUCUUUGUAUAUUAAUAAUAUAUAAGAAUAAUUCAUCCCAUUUGCCGUAAGCUACGGAUCCUUAAAUUGUCCAUGUGGUAAUGGCCGAUUUUUAACGUAUUUAUUAUUUCAAUUGAGGGUAAGUCGAUUACGGUUCGUUUAAUUUUGUUGUACAUUAAAUACACUGAUAUACUUCAAUAAAAAAAAAAAAACAACCCAUUACCCAUUCUUUGUCAUUUUUAAUUUAUUAUACUUCUGUGUAUUGUGUCUUAUCGACUUACCCUUUUUGCGAUUAACAAUUAUUUAUUUUGAAUUCAAUAUUAAUAAUUAUAAAGUUAAUUUUCGAAUAAUCGGUUCGCAUUUUUUUCUUUUCUACCGUCAUGCAUUCCUAGACAAACCAAGGAACUGAUAUCUGUUAAGCCUUAUGUAUUGCGAAUAAGUCACAAAAUUGAACGCAACGUGCCUUAUGUGGGUGUGCGUCUUCCAAUACGAUUUUACGUUCAUUGUGCCUUGUUUGGUUAUUAUACCUUGUAAAUUAGUAAAUUUAUAGCAUAUUACGAUCGCUGUUGCCACUUUAGUGACUUUCUGGCCAAAUCUGGCAACUUUGGAAGUUGUCAGCCCCGAAAUUUUUUAAUAUCAGUAGAUAAAUUUGUCACAUACUAUCAAUUUGUCCAACUACUUGUAAACGUAGUAACGUUUUUAAUCACUAUUGCAAAUAUUUAAAUGUACCAAUCUAGAUACUUUCGGGUGCUAUUUAGCUAGAAAGUUCGUAACAGAACUGGCAACAUUGAUUAUGAGCUACUUAGAAAGAGACGGCCAAGUUGCACUGUAGUUGUUAGAGAUAGCAUACAUAAGCGAUUUUUCGUCUCUAUUCCACUUUAGCUAUUCAUAAAUUUUAAAUUAACGGUGAUCACUCACAACGUGAGCGCUUAUUUACAUCACCAUAAACUUGUCAUAGUGACAAAUUGUCACUCUAAUAGUGCAUUCUUUGUAGACAUUAGCAAGUGACAAGUAUUAGCAAAAUUGGCAACAGUGACAAUUGUCGUCCGUAUAUUUACUCUCUAAUGCAAUAUGCGGUCCAUACGUGUAUCUUUGUCGCUUUAAAACACCAUAAUAUAAAAAUUAAUAACAAAAUUGUCAUAUUGACAAAUUGUCUUACUGAUACCGUGUCACGAUGACAAAUUCUCACAACGAUCUGAAAUAACAAAUAAUAAUGGAACCUAUGAUUUACACGAACGUAAUAUGUCACGAAAUUAGAGGAAUUGUUAAAUUGUCACUGAAUUAUGUUCAAUAAAUUGAAAAUACAAACGAUUUAGGGUUUUAUUGGUCCCGAUAUAAGGUUCAAUUUUAAUUACGAACAUGAAGAGAAGCAAUAUGAAAAUUUGCUUCUAACUUAAUUUUGACAUCACUCUUUAUUCGGUUAUUGGAAUAGCUUUUAAAUAUAUCAGCGGGUCUACCAUGAAAUGAAAUUCCGAAUUUUGGGACUCAAUAUCGUGUUUUUGUUUACGCCAAAAUCGGACCAAUAAAUGGAGUUUAACAUUUCGUUCGUCAUACAUGCUAUCAUAAAAGUCCAAAGGAACGAUAUUUUAACAUUUUUAAUAUUUCCAAACGGCAUUAUUAUGUAAUUUUAACAUCAAAUUUCUGUUUCAUUUGACUCCGAAAUUUUGGAAAACAUUUCAUGGUAGGCCCUCAGGCCAACUUUCGAAACGAAGUUGGCUAAAAAAUUGGAUGAGGAAUAAUUGAGAUGUACUUGUUAAUUUUUUUUUUUUAAUUAUUCCGAUUUCAUAUUAAUUGAAUAAUAAAUUCUAGUAUGAGCUUUGAAUUUGUAUAAUCUAGGCAUUAAUAGAUAGAAAAACAGCGCGCUAUAAUGGUUCCUUUGUAACUUUUCAAGCACAGAACCCUAAAAAUAAUGCGCAUACGCACUUAAAAUUGACGAGUGCAUAAUUUAGUUAGCGCUUUAUUUUCAGUGCAGUUUUUAAGUUUUUUUUUUUUUAUAAAUCAAUGAAAGUAGGUAAAUAAAAACUGAUGUCAUUUUUUUUUAUCUAAUUAUUAUUUUUUUGUUUCAGCCAUUUAAUUUAUACUUAAUAUAGGCUCCUCUAUUCUGCCGUUAUAUAUUUGGCGUCUGUGAAAACUGUUGUAAACAAUAAUUUAGCAUAUUUUUCACAAAUUUCCCUACGACUAGACGUCUUUUCUUAAUGUUGUAUUUUUUUUUUUUUUUAUUUUGAUCGGGGCGACGACGUCGGCGAGGAAGGUUUUAGCUAAAUGUUACUGAUUAGUAUAAUUACCAUGCAAUGUUAACAUUAGACGACUCUCUGGACUGUACGCGAUAAAUAAUAAAAUGCUGUAGAUAAA